UACGCGAGCCAAUGGGGCCGGGAGGUGGGGUUCGGUUGUGUUAGAAGGGGCCCGGGGGAUUGUCGCCGCUAUCCCGGCGUCGGACGUGUAGGACAGCUGCGUGAGUCCUCCGGUGCUGUGUUCGCUGCUGCCAUGAGCUAUACAGGCUUUGUCCAGGGAUCUGAAACCACUUUGCAGUCAACGUACUCAGACACAAGCGCUCAGCCCACCUGUGAUUAUGGGUAUGGAACUUGGAACUCUGGGACAAACAGAGGCUACGAGAACUAUGGCUAUGGCUACGGCUAUGGCCAGGAUAACACCACCAACUAUGGGUAUGGUAUGGCCACUUCAAACUCUUGGGAAAUGCCUAGCUCUGACACAAAUGCAAACCCUAGUGCUGCGGGUAGCGCCAGUGCCGAUUCCGUUUUGUCCAGAAUUAACCAGCGCCUAGAUAUGGUGCCACACUUGGAGACAGACAUGAUGCAAGGAGGCGUGUACGGCUCAGGUGGAGAAAGAUAUGAUUCCUAUGAGGCCUGUGACUCGAGGGCCAUUCUGAGCGAGCGCGACCUAUACCGGUCAGGCUACGACUAUGGCGAACUUGACCCCGAGAUGGAAAUGGCCUACGAGGGCCAAUACGAUGCCUACCGUGACCAGUUCCGCAUGCGUGGCGGCGACACCUUUGGCCCACGGGCUCAGGGCUGGGCCCGGGACUCCAGGAGUGGCCGGCCGAUGGCCUCGGGCUAUGGGCGCAUGUGGGAAGACCCCAUGGGGGCCCGGGGCCAGUGCAUGCCUGGUGCCUCCCGGCUGCCCUCCCUCUUCUCUCAGAACAUCAUCCCCGAGUACAGCAUGUUCCAGGGCAUGCGUGGCGGGGGCACCUUCCCAGGUGGCUCCCGCUUUGGCUUCGGUUUUGGCAAUGGCAUGAAGCAGAUGAGGCGGACCUGGAAGACCUGGACCACGGCUGACUUCCGGACCAAGAAGAAGAAGAGAAAGCAGUGCGGCAGUCCCGAUGAGCCAGACAGCAAAGCCACCCGGACGGACUGCUCAGACAACAGUGAUUCAGACAAUGAUGAGGGCACUGAGGGGGAGGCCGCAGAGGGCACUGAAGGCGCCGAGGCUGUGGAGAAGGGCUCCAGAGCAGAAGGAGAAGAUGAAGAAGGAAAAGAAGAAGGCAAAGAGGAUGCAGAAAAGGGGGCCCUGAGCACCCAGGAUGAUAGUGGGCAGAUCAAGCGCAAGUUGCAGGCAGGCAAGAAGAGCCAGGACAAGCAGAAAAAGCGGCAGCGAGACCGCAUGGUGGAAAGGAUCCAGUUUGUGUGCUCUCUCUGCAAAUACCGGACCUUCUACGAGGAGGAGAUGGCCAGCCACCUCGAUAGCAAGUUCCACAAGGAGCACUUUAAAUACGUAGGCACCAAGCUCCCCAAGCAGACAGCUGACUUUCUGCAGGAGUAUGUUGCCAAUAAAACCAAGAAGACAGAGGAACUCCGGAAAACCGUGGAGGACCUUGAUGGUCUGAUUCAGCAGAUCUACAGAGACCAGGAUCUUACCCAAGAAAUUGCCAUGGAGCAUUUUGUGAAGAAAGUAGAGGCAGCGCACUGUGCAGCCUGUGACCUCUUCAUUCCCAUGCAGUUUGGGAUCAUUCAGAAGCACCUCAAGACCAUGGAUCACAACCGCAACCGCAGGAUCCUUUCUCCACCAAUCUAUAGAUUUUCUAAUUCUUCUGCCAGUUCAAAUCUACCAUUAAGCCCAUGUAGUGAAUUAAUCAUUUCAGUUACUGUACUUUUCAGCUCCAAGACUUAUGUUUCUUUUCUAUAAUUUGUCUCUUUACUGAUACUCUGUAUUUGAUGAGACCUUGUCAUCAUGCCUUUUCCUUCUUCCCACCCCUAUCCUACUCUUGUUCCUGUAUUUGCUUACUUAUUUGUUUGGUCAAAUUAUUUGUUGAAGUCUCUCUCAUCUCCACAACGUGAAGCCUUUGGUAGGGUGCCUUGGAGGAGGAAGCCAUGGGACACAGCUUCCUGGAACAACAGCCAUCCUGAAAUAACAGUGGUUUUCACUGACAAGGUUCUCUUUUCUCUUUCUCAGACUAAACUUAACUAUUACAAACUACAAAAACUGCAGAUUGCUGUGUUGUUUUCAGCAAUGCUUCGAGACAUUAAAUUGUUCUCCAAUCUGAGUCAAUUAAAUAAA